GGGGUUCUUUUAUUAUUAUCACUAUAGACUUUAUAGUUAGAGAUGCGAUUUUUCCUUACCAUUUUUUGUACCAUUAUUGAACAUUUUUAUUCAUUUCAUUUAUGCAGAUGCAGCUCCUGUCGAGGACACGGUGUGGAGGUGUAUGGCUGAAUGAAAAUCUCACUUUUCAAUAUAUUAUUUACUGUUUAAGUUUGCCGUUUCCUUUUAUGCAAAUUUUGCAGCCUUUCAUCUGCACUACUACCAAUUUUUUGCCUUUUGUUUAAUCUUUAUGUUUUGUUCUGUCUUUUGAAAGAUUCAUUUUUAUUUCAUCUUCCUAAACCUGUUUUGUUUGUAUACCUUGUAACUUAUUUACUGUUAAUUGCUAUAUAUUAUUUAUUUUAUUAUUAUUACAUUUUUCAUUAUUUUACAUUAUAACAGUUAUAGUGCUUAUUAACAAUUUUUAUUGCUGUGGUUUGAAUUUAAUGCUUAAAUUUUGUAGUGAAAUACUUUUGUUUGAUUUGUAUUUAAUUCUUAACUUCUGAAACUGUCUAUCUGUAUAGUAUGCGUGUAAAUAUGUAUAUAAGUGUUUUUGCAUACUUACCUUGUGAUAUUUGUAUUUUUGUUGUUGUUGGUCUGACUGUGAUAGUCGGUUUAAGAGCUCUGUAGAGCUCAUGUUAUUUGUUGUUACUUGAAUACGGUGCCGACUUUAAAUAAAAUUUACUUACUUAGUCCGUUUUGAGGAUUUAUUGCAUGGAGAGUACAGUCUGUACGUGAUUUGUCUGUUUUUCCUUCCACAGUUUUCAGGUGAGGAUCUUCUUAUUUUACAGAACAUUUGUAUGGGUAUGGGAAAUGUGCAUGUGGCAAAGAUUUUGAAUUCCUUCAAUUUCUUAAGAAAAUUACUGGUUGUUGAACUUAGUUCGUUUUGAGAAAAUAUUACAUAGAGAGCACAUGAUUUGUCUUUUAUUUUUCCUUCUACAGUUUUCAAUUGAGCACCUUAUUUUACAGAAUAUUUGUAGGGGUAUGGAAGAUGUGCAUGUGGCAAGGAUUUUGAUUUUCUUCAAUUUUUAAGAAAAUCACAGGUUGUUGAACAUAAUCCCUUUUUUAAAGGAAAUAUUCAUAUUAUCCAAAGAGAGUAUGUCACAGCCUGAUGAUGGCUGAUACUACCCGAAGCAAAGUUCUACAAUACCAGCCGUCGAUCUUGGGCAUUUUUUGUUUAUUCAAAACAUGGGAUCGGAAGACGAUAACAUCCAUGUGCUUUCCGCAAUUAAAAGCAUUUUUAAAUCAAAGGUGUGUAAAAACGUCUGGAUACAGGAAAAAUGAACUCCUGAAUUUAGCUCUCGAAGCUAUAUAUUUUGACACAAGCUCUUCUCGGCUUUGGGAAUUUCCUGGCUGACAGCAGUGGGGAAAAAAUCCACCACAUUUCCAUUAAAAUCUAUCAUUUGUGGAUAUUUCUGCGUAUCAUGUUUCUUUCUUAAAUCAUUACUACAGUCUAAUGUAAUGCAAUGAUAGUGCACCAUUGUUAAAAUCGGGUGAAUCGAUCACGACAAAAGUUGCAGAACUGGUAUUAUUUACGAACAUGCCCAAAUUUUCGCAUACUCUGGGUCUCGCGAGACUUUGAAAAGGGAAAGUAAAAAUUAAAACCAAGACGGAAAAAGUAGUCGCUUAAGAAAAAACACACUGUGUAAGCACUUUCACGGGCGUAUUAUGUACUGUUUGCGAAUGAGAAGAAAGAAAAAAUACUUUCUGCGGUAGGACUAUCUACUAGAUUUAAUUAAAACUACGAUGGAGACAUUAAAUGCCACUAUCUUCUCAAUGUGGAACUUGCUGAAGGAGACGAACACAGAUGUCACAGUCGCUAAAACUGUUAUUGUGGCUAUUACAACAUUAGUGUUGGCCGUUGUUGUCAAGAAAGUUGCGAAUUUCUGUGUAUGGUACAUAUAUUACAUAAAGUUGAUGAGGCAGGUACCUGGCCCAGAAAAUACACAUUGGCUGUAUGGAAACUUGCAUUUGCUAACAAAUAAACAUGCGGAGCAGUUGAAACUUGGAAAUGAAUUGACAGCAAAAUUUCCCAGGAUGUACAAGUUUUGGAUUGGUCCGUUCAACGCAACGAUUGUUCUUAACCACCCAGAAACUAUCAAACAAGUUCUGAAAUAUGCAGCAGAUCCCAAGUCCAAGGGCUUUGGGGGAGCUUACCGCCAUGUUUACCCCUGGUUGGGAGAGGGUUUGCUGCUUGCAGAUGGCCAGAGAUGGAGUCGAGCCAGACGACUUUUGACCCCUGCCUUCCAUUUCAAUAUCCUGAAACCAUACAUAACGAUCUACAACAAAGCCACAGACCAACUGCUGCAAAAAUUUGAGCGUUAUGCUGAAGAAGGAAAAAGUUUCGAUCUACUGCAAGAGAUGAGUUUGUGUACCCUAGAUAUACUGCUACAGUGUAUAUUUUCCAUGGAAACAGACUGCCAACAAAGGGAAUCUGACUAUGUUAAGUCAGUCUUAAAAUUGGGAGAAAUUUGGAGCAAACGAAAUAGAUCACUGUGGCUGUUUCCUGAUGUAAUCUUUUACAACACAAGAUGGGGUCGAGAGUUCAAAGAACACUGUGCAAAAGUUCAUAAGAUGGCAGAGAGCAUCAUCAAAGAAAGACAAAAUGAAAUUGAUCAGUUAGAUGGAAUGAGUGAACGGCCAUAUUUAGAUUUCCUGGAUCUCCUACUCCAAGCUAAAGAUGAAGAUGGAAAUAAACUUACUGAAUCAGAAAUCAGGAAUGAAGUCGAUACAUUUCUUUUUGAAGGACAUGAUACAACUGCAUCGUCCACUAGCUGGUUGCUUCAUUUGUUGGCUCAGCAUCAGAACCACCAACAGAGAGUUCAGCAGGAACUAGACACAAUCUGGCACUCAAAGUCCACUGAGUAUGUACAAUGGAAUGAUUUGCCAAAUUUUGAAUAUUUGACCAUGUGCCUGAAGGAAUCUUUACGUGCCUCAUCCACUGUGUCAAUCAUCCAAAGACUUAUACCCAGGGAAAUAACUAUUGAUGACAAAAUACUCCCUCCGAAUACUCUCUUCACUAUAGCAAUAAACAGUGUCCACCACAACCCAGCGGUGUGGAAAAAUCCAAGUGAAUAUCUUCCAGAGCGAUUUUCUCAUGAGAAUUCUACCAACAUUGAUAACUUCUCAUACAUUCCCUUUUCUGCGGGUCCAAGGAAUUGUAUCGGACAGCAUUUUGCCUUAAAUGAAGAAAAGGUGAUUCUUUCAAGAAUAUUACGACGCUUCACUGUUGAACUGGAUCCCAAUUUUACAGUAGAGAAGAAGAUUGGCCCUGUUCUGAAGGCAGAAAAUGGGAUUCGGGUCUUUGUCACCAGGCGCAAUGUAUCAAAGUGAUGGUCUCCUUCUGAAGGCAGAGAUGAGACUUAGGAGACUGGCCCCAAGAUGAAGAUGUUUAUAAUUAUAUAAAUAUGGACUUGAUUGUUGGUCAGUGUCCCAUGUUCAGUAAUAUUGACCUCAAACACAGAAAUAAUAUCAACUAAGCACAAAGUGCAAGGUUGAUAUUAUUUUUGGUUUUUGAAGUCAGUAAGACUGAACAUAGGUCACCUUAUCAACAUAUUGAGCAACAAAAAGUCCAUAUCUUUAUUCUAUACACAGGGUAAAAAAUGAAUGUGUUAUACAUUUUACUUUUUAUUGAAACUAUUUCCAUAUUUCAUGAGUGAAAAAAUGAUUAAAGCAUUUUUAUUCAAUAAACAAAUAUCAAUUUGAAAUAGGAAACAGUAACAAUAAUGCAUAUAAAUGACUGGCCAUGAGUCCAUAUCCUUCUUAGGAGAUAAUAUUUUUUCUAUCACAUCAAAUGUUGUUGUUUGUCAGUUUGGGUUGACCAUGAUAAAUUCUGUGUUUUACAUUUGGUAGGUUUUUAAAGAGGUAUGCAAGAUUUGGCAUAAGCAAAAUUUUCUGAACACUAAGAAAAAUUUUCUGUGUGUAUCCAUCUACAGAACAAACUAAUGAUAUAAAGUACUGGUUGAGUAUUGAUAUAUUUUCAAUGGGUAUUGAUGAAUUUGGAUGGUUACUGGUAUUGUUUUGGUUUGGGGGAUCAAUACUGUAUUUAUAUGUGAUGCAUGCCAAAAAUCUGACAUGUCCAAUAGAGGAGCGGAUCGAAGAUCUGGUUUUAAUCAGAUUGUGCAUGCAAAUAAAUGCUAUUACCGGGUAUAUACUUGCAAGUAAGAUUUUUACUCAGAAUGAUAUGUAUAAUUGAAUUUCAAUUUAAACACACAAUUUGAUUUGUUGAUUGGCAUUCAUCACACCAUUAAAUAGAAAAGUUAGCUGCUUUUUCAUGCCAUAUAACUAAUACAGACGACAUCACAAUACAGAUUUUCAAACAUUGCUUUAACAAUAUCACUAUGUGUCACUUUACAUUCAUAUUUUAUUGUUGAAUACAUAAAUGAUAUAACUUUGUUUAAAAUGAUUUUAAAUUAUAAGAAAUAAAGUUGUUACUUGCUCAUAUUAUUUGAAUUAAAAUGAUUUGGAGCAGAUGAUGCCUUUUUGUAAACAGUUUUGCGGUUUAUAAUGCAUAACCUGUCCCAAACCAUUUUAUAUAGUAUAUAAUAUGUUAGUCUCAUUCCAUAAAUUAUGGUGAUAUAACAGAAAUCAUGCAUAUAGAAUGCUCAUGUGGGCCCUUCAAAUGAGAUUACCUAAACAUGUGCAAUUCUAGAUGCGAAAUAUUUUUGUCUUUGAAUUUUCAAUGUAGGAAUACUCCAUACUGCCUGUAAAGUUGUGUUCAAGAAAACAUGAACAAAAUGCAAAAGCAGAUUUUGUAUGAAUCCAUUUUGUACCCAUUAAAGAAAUGAUACAGAAAUUAUGAUUUCAUGCAUCUUUUAAUUAUUGUAUAGACUAUUAGAACACAUUCAAAGAAUUUUUAUUUAAGAGAAUUAAAAUGAAUGCUGUAAAAUCAAUGAAAUGGUAUGUUAGCAAAACAUCAUAAAGGUUGCCAUGCAUGUACUUGAAAACUUCUAUCACUGAAUUACCAGCAUCUCAAGCCUCAGUUUCUGGUGUAUGAACCAAGGAGGGGAUCAAGAAUUUAGCACAUGGUUUGCAUUAUGUAAAUUAUUUGCAAUUUUACUAAAAUUUAACUUUAUGACUAGAUAACCAUGACAUAUUUCUCUGGUACAUGUUUGGUAUUCUUUUCUGCAAUAUUAUGAUAAUACAUGAAGAUUUUAUUGUAUGUGAUAUUAUUGUGUUAAUAUUUAUCAAUACUCCAUUAUAAACUUAUACACCUUAUAAAAUAAUUCCUUGUUGUACAUGUAUAUCAAAGCAUUCUGAUUAUUAUUGUCAUUUAAUGCAAUACUCGAGAGACUUUUCCUUGUUGUUCAGCUUACAGAGCUUUCAAGAAUUUGCUUUAUGUUUAGAAUGCAUUUAUUUUCUUAUUGAUACAUUAUGUAUAUCAUAUUUUAAUUUGAAUAUUAAAUAAAAAUAUGAUAGACGUGAAGAAAAAA